AUGUCCCACUUCUUCUACUUGGCUCCAGAAAUCCUGCUCCCUUUUAGCCCCCUCACUUCUAACGAGUUCGAGCUGAUCAGACGCAAGGCCCGGGAACUGUGGCAGGAAGAGACGCGGUGGAGCACUUCUUCCGUGACAACCUACUCUGGCAGUUACCGGCAGAAGCAACUGGAUGAAGCCACCCGCAACCGACUGGCCCAAAGACCAGGCCAGAAGCAGUUCGAGUACAAACGGACACUGUUGCUCGGCACCUCUGCCUAUAGCAAUCUACCCGGCCAGGCUGGUUCCCAAGAGGCGGCAGACAGCAAAGGAGGACUCUCUGAUGGAGUAAGACCCUCUGGGCACACUCCGCUCAACGUCAAGCACAAAGUGGCACACCAGAUUUGGGGGUAUGAAGCUCCUUAUUUAACAUUUCCAGAUUACAGAAUUUUACGUAAGUCCCCCUGUUCCAAACCCAAGAAGCCAGGCUUUGAUCUCCUCAUGAAUUACAGGACUAGAGGGGAAAAGCUCCUGAAGCAUCUUGGGAGACAAUGGGAUUAUGAAAGCAAGUUUGGCUCCUCGGAGGACUCAGAGGGGGAUCGAAACUCCUCGGAUUACUGA